GAGUAGAAAUCAACCCUUUAAUGUAUUGUGUACUUCUCCACAAUCUGAUUCUUUCAAUAAUAGAGAAGAAGCUAUUAAAGACUCAUAUGGGGAAAAUGAUAAAGGGCAUCUGAUUUUGGUGGAGAAGUACAAGAAUGGAACUUUGAAAAGGUAUAUGCUUUAACUCUGACAUUUUGCUUCCUUUUCCUUUUACCAAAUUUCUCUGACAAUAUAAGGUCGUUUUAUCUCUUUUUGGUCAAGGUUUACUGAUUGAAUGCUACUUAUAAAAAAUAUGUGCUGAUAGAAUGUAGAUAUUACUUCCUGAUGUUUUACUAGUCUUGAUUUGACUGAAAAUGGGUGUAGCUGCGGUUGCUUGAAUAAUUCCUUGCUAUAUUUGUUGUCUGAGCAUGUAAUCUAGUUUAGAAUGUACAGUCAGAGGCAGUCAGAGGCAGAUACAGGAUGUAAACUUGAUGCCUCCGACCUUAAGGAUUCAGUUGAACUCGUAGUUGGAGCACUACAUCCUCUUAUGUAUGUUAUAGAUAAUGACUCUGAAAUGAAAAUGUUUCUUGAGGAGCAUGUGCCCACAAAUACUGGAUCUCAAGAUCUUGAUAUCUCUAACAUGGAGUUAUCCUGGCUCCCUAAGGUUAUCAAGGAUUUUGUGUUACCAUCAGGUUACCCAGAUACAGUAUCAGAUGAUUAUGUGGACUACAUGUUGCUUCAGUUCCCAACCAAUGUAACAGGGUGGAUCUGUCAUACGCUGGUGACUUCAAGUCUCUUAAAGGCAUGUCAAUCUUAUUCAGGCGGUUGGUGUGGGCUCUUUCUCAGGAACUUCCGCAGCUGCUUCAGCUGCUGCCAUCAGAUGGGUUUCAAAGGAUGGCAUUGGUGCCCUUGGACGCUUUUUCAUUGGUCUGGUGGGCGGUUUGGCAAUCUUUUUGAUGAUGAUCCUAAACAAUGGCGCAUGUUUGCAGAUUUCGUUGGCAGUGCAGGAAGUAUAUUUGAUCUAUGUACCCCUCUCUAUCCUUCGUAUUUCCUGCCUUUGGCAUCUCUUGGAAAUCUUGCGAAGGCUGUUGCAAGGGGGCUAAAGGACCCUUCAUUCCGGGUUAUACAAAACCACUUCGCUAUUGCUGGAAAUUUGGGAGACGUAGCAGCAAAGGAGGAAGUGUGGGAAGUAGCUGCUGAGCUGCUAGGUCUUUCUCUCGGCAUACUAGCCUUGGAUACACCUGGUAUCUCAAAGUCGUAUCCUACAUUGGCACUUACAUGGUUGAGUGUGCGGAUCCUACAUCUUUGGUUUCGCUAUCAGUCUCUUUCAGUUCUGCAAUUCAACACGAUAAAUCUCAAACGGGCUCGCAUAUUAGUGAACUCCCAUGUUUUACACUGUACAGUUCCAGGAAUCAAUGAAUGCAAUAGGAUGGAGAGCAUCUUAUUGUGGCAAAGAUUCUUAAGGCCACGAAUUAUUUUUGAGGUGUCUUUGGAGGAGAUGAUCAAUGGGAGAAAAUACAGAUCCAUGCAGAUCAAGCAACUCCUUCAUCUGUACAAGGAGGAAAAAUAUUUUCUUGUAGUAAAUCAACAGAACCCAACGGAUAUUCAGGUCUUUGUAUCUUUUAAGGAAGGAGCCACAAGCCUAUCAGUGUUUCGAAGUGUAUGGCAAACCUAUUGGCUAUAUCAAAACUGGGGCUGGUCAGAUAAUAUCUUUGAUCAGCUUGAACAGAGCCUGGUUGAAUUGAAGGAUAGAUUUCCUGACCUAUUACAACAACUAACUGAUGCUGGAUGGGAUACAAAUAAUUUAAGUUUAAAGGUCCCGAAAGAAAUGUCGAUCAAGGAGCUUCCUGCACCAAGUUAAUUUCACGUAUGGCCACUGAGUUUUAUCCACUACAACACAUAACACCAGGAAAACACCUGUCUGCAGUUGAUCUUACUCCAAAGUCCUUCCACUAACCUUUUUGCCUAUUUGAUGGGUUUGUCACCUCAAGUUUACCUUCAUUGAAUGUGCACGGAUGAUCACUGUAUAAGUAAGUCUGAUUUCAUUUUCAAAGUUUAUAUUGUGACUUGGUCGCUGUCCCCUUUGUUGAAGAUUACUAAAACAUAUAUUGAUGAAGCGGAAGUAGUCGAUAUUAGAUUGUGGUUAUUGUUUUAUUGCUUAAGUCUGUUGCAUUGUCUAAUUGUGUAGUAGGAAGUAGUUAGUUAGUUGUAACAACUUGCCAGCUAAGAAAGUGCAAGUUGGGAAGCUUCUAGAUGCUUCUAGAUAUCUUGUACAAACUCUAUAAAUAGAUCCUAAGUUAGCUAAAGGAAGCAUGCUGCAAUUGCCUGUUAUCACUAUCACAUUAAUAAACAUUUUGAUCUUCUUCUUCU